AUGGAGAAGAAGAAAGUAAUGGAAAUCGAAGGUUACCCAAUCGAAGGAUUGUCGAUUGGAGGACACGAGACGUGUAUCAUAUUCCCAUCUCUGAAUCUAGCUUUCGACAUUGGUCGUUGUCCACAUCGCGCAAUCUCUCAGGACUUCCUCUUUAUCUCUCACUCCCACAUGGAUCAUAUCGGUGGAUUACCAAUGUAUGUUGCGACUAGAGGCUUGUACAAAAUGAAGCCUCCAACGAUUAUAGUCCCCAAAUCCAUUAAAGAAUGUGUUGAGAGUUUGUUCGAGGUUCAUAGAAAACUAGAUUCUUCAGAGCUAAACCACAAUCUUGUUGGCUUGGACAUAGGGGAGGAGUUUCUUGUAAGGAGAGAUCUCAAAGUGAAAGCCUUUAAGACUUAUCAUGUUAUACAAAGCCAGGGUUAUGUAGUUUAUUCAACUAAACAAAAACUCAAGCAGGAGUAUAUUGGCCUUUCUGGGAAUGAAAUAAAGAACUUGAAAGCUUCAGGUGUUGAGAUCACAAACAGCAUAACAACUCCUGAAGUCGCUUUUACGGGAGAUACAACGUCGGAUUUUGUAGUUGACGAAAAUAAUGCAGAUGCUCUCAAGGCAAAGGUUCUCGUCAUGGAGAGCACGUUUCUUGAUGAUUCGGUAUCUAUAGCACACGCGAGAGAUUAUGGACAUAUCCAUUUAUCUGAGAUAGUUAAACAUGCUCAAAAGUUUGAAAACAAAGCAAUCUUGCUGAUUCAUUUUUCGGCUCGGUAUACAGUGAAGGAAAUCGAAGGUGCGGUUUCUGCAUUGCCUCCACCUUUAGAGGGACGUGUGUUUGCUCUAACACAAGGAUUCUAG